CAUUUUAAUCAAAAGUUCCUCGUUGAAAAAGAACCUUCCAGUUCAUUCAGGGUCUGAGAGGAACUUCGAGAAAACAGGAGAAUAAAAUGUCGAACCCGACUCCAGAGUCCAAACCCGGCACUGCGGAGAACCCCAGGGCUUUCUUCGAUGUAGAAAUCGGCGGUGAAAAAGCCGGCCGUAUCGUGUUCGAGCUCUUCGCCGACGUCGUCCCUAAAACUGCUGAGAAUUUCCGCGCUCUGUGCACCGGCGAGAAGGGAAUCGGUAAAAGCACCGGGAAACCUCUGCACUUCAAGGGAUGUCCUUUUCACCGCAUCAUCAAGAAGUUCAUGGUGCAGGGGGGAGAUUUCUCGAAUCAGAACGGCACAGGAGGAGAAAGCAUCUAUGGGGACGAAUUCGAAGAUGAAAACUUCCACUAUAAGCAUGACAAACCGGGUCUGUUAAGCAUGGCCAACGCCGGGCCCAACACCAACGGCUCACAGUUCUUCAUCACCACCGUGCCCACGCCUCACCUGGAUGGCAAGCACGUGGUGUUCGGGCAGGUGCUGAAAGGCAUUGGCGUGGUCAAGAUGCUGGAAGCCAUCGACACCGAGGAAGAUCAUCCGGUCAAGCCGUGUAUAAUUGCUGAUUGUGGAGAACAUAAAGCAGAUGACGAUUGGGCCGUGGCUUCCGACGACGGCUCUGGAGACGUGUACCCAGACUUCCCUGAAGACUCGGACGUCGACUUUAAGGACGUCGAUAAAGUCUUGUCUGUGGCCGAGGACAUCAAAAACAUCGGGAACAAUUUCUUUAAAGCCCAGAAUUGGCAGGCUGCUAUGAAGAAGUACUCCAAGGCUCUGGGGUAUUUAGAGUUAUGUGGCAACACUCUGGAUGAUGAGAGCGAUCAGCAAAAGCUGGAGCCCACGGGUCUGAGCUGCAUCCUCAACACCGCAGCCUGUAAACUAAAACUUCAGCAGUGGCAGGAGGCCGUCGAGAGCUGCAACGAGGCUCUGGAGGUGAAUCAGAACCUUGCUAAGGCUUUGUUCAGGAGAGCGCAGGCCUGGCAAGGCCUCAAGGAGUUCAGCAAGGCCAUGAUCGAUCUGAAGAAAGCGCAGGAGAUCGCACCAGAAGACAAAGCUAUUGCAAACGAGAUGCUGAAGGUCAAGCAAAAAGUGAAGGAAGAAAACGAAAGAGAAAAGAAGAUCUACUCCAAGAUGUUUGCGUAAAGGACGCAGCAGCGACGUGCCACGACUACGUGCGGCUCUACGUCAGCUCACGGCUCUUUGCUCAACCAUCGAUCAUGUAGUUAUAAGAGUAAACGCAGGAGAAAAAAGUUAGAGCCAGAGAUCUCCAGCCUGAUAAAGAUACGCAGCUUACAGAAGGAGGUAUCAAGAGAUCAUGAUCCAUUAUAGUUAGCAUACAAUACUUGAAUCCGUGUGAACGUGAGGGUCAGACGUUCGGUUGCAUCUAAACUACUGUUAAAAUUCUUUAUUUAAUCAGAAAACUGAUUGGCUCUUUUGUCUUUAUAUUUAUUUGACCAAUUCAAAGUAAAAAAAAAAAAAUCUUUUUGUUUCUUUGAUCUUAAUUAGAUGACUGUGGUAAUGUGAACUCACUGACAAUAAAUGUGGUGUUUUAAACAGGCAGAAUAAAACAGAUGCUUGUGGUUUGGUAAAAUGA